ACCCACGAUCAUAAGCUGAAGGGCCCGACCCCCUUGUACGCUGCUGGAAGGCGCAAUAUCAGCUCUGACGAGCUUUCAGUCUCUCCUGAAGCUGAGACUUUCAUUCCAAUCACCAUGUCAAAUCUAGACGACACUAAAACCAGUGUGGAGAAACUGAAGGCUGAAGGGAACGCUUUCCAUACUCAAGGACAUCUGGAGGAUGCAAUCCUCAAGUAUACGGAAGCCAUUCAACUUGACCAGGGUAACGCCAUCUUGUACGCAAACCGUUCGGCGAGCCAUCUAUCCAUGAAAAAUUAUCUCGAUGCAGCUUGUGAUGCCCGCCAGGCUGUGGUGAUUGACCCAAGCUAUACAAAAGCUUGGGCUCGUCUUGCGAAGGCCACGCAUGCGUUGUGGCAAUAUGAUCAAAGUAUCAAGGCCUGGAAGCGAGCGUUGGAGACACUUCCUGUAAUCUCAGUUUCUCAGUUGUCACCUACAGAUGCACAUUUCAAGCAACAAUUCGAAGAAGGUCUGAAAGCUGCUGAAGAUGCUCACGCACGACAGGUCUCCGGCGAGUCAUCCAACCCGCACCUUGUUAGCAUGAAUGAUCCCAGCAAAAUGCCGUGGAAUAGGGCAAUGGCCCUCAUGCCUGAGCUGGAGAGAACUCAGACUGCCGACUCGAGCGCUUGGGUUAUUGUUCCAGCAUACAGGGAGUUUAAUGAAGGUGUGCAAGCAAUGAAAGCGCUUCGACUUCUUCCAAAUAGAUCCGCAUAUGGACAUUAUGGGGCCCUGGCUGAUAUCACUAAUGGUAUCUUGCGAGACCGUAGGGUGUUCCAUAUGGAUGGUGCGAAUUGGUUAGAUCAAUAUAGGAACCAACGUGAAUUUGCAUUUGAGAUUACACAAAGUGGAGCCUGGGUAGAUGGCGGUGUGGAACAUGCCAAGCGCCAGGCGGAGAAUACCCUACGAGAGAAGGGCUGGGACACAGCUCGCAAAGCUCUGGCGAUCACUGUGAGGUCCUGGUUCAUGCGGGCUUUCCUCGAGGAAGGAGCUCGCCGUAAUGCCCGAGUGGCGACACAAUUCUAUGGCAGCGCUCUGACGUUACUAGAAUGGGGGCAAACGAAGUGGAGAGACGUCUCGAGGGAUGAUCGGGGCGCAAUCUUUGAGAACACUUUCGUGAGAGGCGUUCGUAGGUAUUAUCUGAGUGCAUAUCUUAUGGGCGUAAAGGACCAUGGAGACGGUAGCGUGUAUACUCUCGACAGGGCAGAAGCUCUGGCUCUCGCGAUGGUCAAGGAGGUCAGUGACAACUGGCCUCGUGGCAACGAAGAGUAUGUCCAAGACAGGGGUUUCUACUACUCCUUUGUUGUCUACCCGAGAGCAGAAGCAUAUUCUACCCUAGGCUUCGUAAACAUGGAAAGAGCUCACGCAUGCCGUGGAACGGAUCCGGAAACUGCUAUGCGAUACUACUCGGCGGCAGCGGAAUGGUACCUGAAGGCAGCCGAGAGUUAUCCUGAAGAUGACGAAUUCCAUUUUUGUCAACUUUCUGAAGAUUGCCUUUGAAGCUUGCUGGCACCGGGCUGAUCCAAUUCGAGAUAUUCUUCCUCUUUGUCAGCCCAUGCAAGAGGCUCUUCAAAAAAUGCGGGCCAUCUGGGAAUUCUCCUCGAACAAGGGUACGAUGAAUGAACAUGUCCAACAACUGAUCUAUUUCAAUGAAGGUGUUUUCACCGGUCUGAUUUCAAAAUUGUAUACCUUGGAUACUCCAUCGUCGCUGGUUGCGCUCCACAAACCAGAAUGAACGUAGUUACUUUGACGACGUACCUGAAGAACAGCAGCUUUUGUCCUAAUUCUUGCGAGUUGCGAACACUAAGUUGAAACGAAGAAGUCAAUUAUACAUCGCUUCAUUGCUGCUUCCAUUCUAUGAUACAAUAGGGACUGUACGGGUUUCGGUAUGCAGGCCGGACAAUCUCCCAUUUGCAGGCACCAUGCCUACAAUAGUGCGAUAUCGUGAUGUCCAGGGUGAUGGUGAUCAACUAUCUAUUGUGUAACAUAUC